UUAUUAUUAUCAUCAUCGUUUUUUUAUUCUUCGUUUAUUUGAAAUUUUGGAAAGAAAAAAAAUAAGCAACUGUAUAUGCUUCUUUGGACUGUUCUUCAAGGUUCUCUUUUUCGGUUUUUCGUUUCUUUUUCAUCAUCUCUCUCUCACCGCUUUCCUUCCUUUCUUAUAAACCGUAAUCUCAUCUCCGUUUCGGAUCUUAACCUUAACUACUCUCACCUUUAAUUGCAUAAAAAAAUCACUGCUUUUUUCUCGAUAUUUUUCUCUUUUGUUCAGGUUUCCUUUAAAAAGGAAAUAAAGAGCAAUGUCUUUUGCACGGAAUUGCCAUUUGCAAGGGGGCAUUUUUCAGGAUGAUUACCGGUACCCUUUCAAUAGAAAUAAUUACAACAAUAACAGUUCCAAUAACUACAGGAACUGGAAUUGGAUUAGCAAUCCUACCAGGAAUUUUAACUACUCCCAUGAAUUUUUGGGGCAAUUUGGGGGGCAUAAUAGAGGUUAUAAUUAUGCACAGCUGAAUUAUGCUCCUUCUUUAAAAAGAAGAAAGUUUUCAGCAGCUACUUCAGGAGAUAGUGGUAGACACUAUCCACAAUCGAAUAUGCAUUACACUGCUGGUCAAUUGGACUCCAGCGAUUUCAUUCCUCCUACCAUAAGGUCAAAUGCUGUAACCUCUACAUCUGUCAGCUGUAAACGUGAUCGGUCACAAUUGGAGGAUGAUGAACCUGUAUUUCUUUCUAGAGAUGAGAUUGAGAGAUAUUCACCUUCAAGAAGAGAUGGUAUUGAUGCCCUACAUGAAACACAUCUGCGCUAUUCCUAUUGUGCCUUCAUUCAGAAUCUCGGUUUGCAGCUUGAGUUGCCACAAACUACUAUUGGCACUGCCAUGGUUCUGUGCCAUCGGUUUUUUGUCCAAAGAUCACAUGCUUGCCAUGAUAGAUUUUUGAUUGCUACUGCUGCUCUUUUUCUUGCUGCAAAGUCUGAGGAGACACCUCGCCCUUUGAACAAUGUGUUGAGAGCAUCUUGUGAAAUAUUCCACAAGCAGGAUAUUACAUUCUUAUCCUAUCUGCUUCCUGUUGAUUGGUUUGAGCAGUAUCGGGAACGUGUGAUUGAGGCAGAGCAAAUGAUACUGACUACUUUAAAUUUUGAACUUAACGUACAGCAUCCAUAUGCUCCUCUUACGUCCAUUCUUAACAAAUUAGGCCUUUCACAAACUGCCUUGGUGAAUCUGGCGUUAAACCUGGUCAGUGAAGGGGUCGUUACAAGAUUAGCGUGCUCGCCUGUAUGAUAUUGUUAGCUGGCGGAUUGAUGUGCUGUUCAUGGAAAGUUUUGUUAUUACAUCUGAAGUUGAACUGCUGAUGUUUAUGAUUAUCUUUCCUAUGAUUUAACCCCCAUCAUUUUGGUCAUGGCUAUGAAAGCCACAUAACCUACAGAAAGUAGUCUUGUUAUUUUACUUUUAACACCUUUCCUUUUUUGAGUUUCAGUUUAUUUGGAAGCACUUCUCUGGAGUCCAUGCACAAACUUUGAGUUUGUGAAAUCUGGCUGCCUCCCAGCUUGUUUCCAUUCCACACUGAUCUGAAGAAAAAUUAUUGAUUUGGAAGGGUCAAUAGUGGGGGUUUUCCUUCUUUUUUCUUUAAAAAAAGAUAAUAUAAACAAUGUAUUGAUCUGGUGAUGAUUUUCCAAGUUAUGGAAUCAUGGUUUUUCAUUAUCAGCCUACCUUUUUUCCCUUUAAAAAAAGAGUUUUUUAUUUUUGCCAAAUUCUAAUUUUGAUUCACCAAUUUGUCUAGUUUUUAAAAAGAUUUUUAAAUGGGGGCUUCCAGUUUGAUUUUGCCUAUGGCGGUGUCUUUCUAAUGAAAAAUAAAAGAUCUUUCCAAGGGUUGGUUAUUAUUUAAAAAAAUUUUCUUUUCUGAUUUGAGUACCAGCUGGAUGAGUAUCCUAUGUCUAGGCUUCAGUCCUUUCAAAUUUAGAGUCUAUGCAUACUUGUUGGAUUAUAAACUAGCAUGCAGUACCAGUCAUUUGGGAUGGGUUAGUUGCAAAAAAUAGAUUGGUCUGGUAGCAUGGCACGAAGCAACCAAUUCCAAAAUAUAAUAAAAAGACAUAAACUUGCAUCUUCAAGUUCUAUUUGUCUUAGUUCAAACACAACCCAGUGAUUCUCAUUUAAGUUUUCUCCAUUCCUUCUGAUCAGUUUUUAAACCUUGAAUUGAGUAAUAUCUUGUGGUUGAAUUCCUUGGUGUUGAUAAAUAUAGAGUUUGUUUGGCUUUUGGGAAGAUUCUUGUUUUGAGAGUAAAUUGUUAGUUUGACAUCUAUUUUCUUUCCUUCUUCCCUGCUUUUGAAACAUCUCAGCUGUAUUAUCCUUCCCUCGUAUUUAUCUGUCUGUGUCUCAGCAGAAAUGAUUUGGUUGUAUUAAUUUUAGUUUAAAGCCAGUUAAUUUGCGUUUUAAACUGAAUUUUGUCAAUUCAUUUAGGUUUUGUCAUCUUUCAAUUAUUCUAUCUUUAGACACUGCCAACCCUGCUUUAUGUGGGUAGUCAACAAAUAUGUUUAAGUAUAUUCCACAACUAUAUAAAUGCUUACACUAAUACCGUGAUACCUACAUAUAUUUAGGUAUAUAUAUUAUUUGAUAGAAGAUUGAGAAAAAUACAAAGAUGAAAGAUGCAUUGUCCUUUUAGAUUAUCCAAAAGAAGUCUGCGAAUUAAAUGAAAACCUCUCUGAAUGCUAGUUUACACUUGUAUCUUUUGGAGCCAAUUGCUGUUGCUUGAUAAGCUUAAAUGGCCUUAUCGCUUAGAGCACUUCGGCAAUGCUGGAUGUAUGACCAAACCUAUGAACUGAAGUUGUUGAGAUUAUGAAUCUAUCAGUUAUAAAUUCUGAAUAUGUUACCCCGUACUUAGGCUCAGCCAAAAGUGCAUAUCAUUUGGGAAUUUACAGUCAAUUAGAAUAGACAGUAUGAAGCCUAUCUCAAUGGCUGUGUAGUACUAGACGGCCUGAAUUCUUUAAUUUCUUUUUGGAUCAGGCUUUGACUGGCAAUAUAUUAGUAGGACUUGGUCAUUCUUAGGACUGGGUCUUGUGAUUAUUCAAUGCAUGGUGCUGGUUCAAGACAUGGCAUAUUCAUUUACUGCUUGCCGUUUUGUGAAAGAAUGUUUUUCCAGUAAGCAAGAGGAGAUUGAUAAUUAUAGAGAGAAGUUAUGUGCGUCAGAUGUGUUCGAAAGUUAUUUAUCCUUGUCCGUGUUGGUUCUUCCACCUCCAUACAAGCUGGGCGCUUUAUGAGUCCAAACUAUGAAGAAAAGUAAAUUUAUGGAAAUUACGCAUAUGCAUGCAUAUGCAUAUACGUAUAUGUAUACAUAUACAUCUA